CAGGGGGAAACCUGCUCAUCCCACAUCUCACCCUCUCUCUCCCCAAAUGCUUGCCAUUGAUUGCUUGACUCCUUGUCAUGCAUUAUGCGCAGCCGACAAGCAAGUCCGGGACCCACGAUGACCACGUCCCCGAACCCCACGACUCCAAGUUCUCUCGAGCCUCAAAGAUAUCGGCCGACCUAGGUUUCCACGUCCCAGAUCACUUUUUAUCCGAUAUCAUCCCUCUACCCGACCCGAAACUUGACUACGUAGCCCAUCACGCGCAACGUGAUCGAACGCUACGUUUGCUCAUCCGACGUUACACAAACCAAGUUCAGUAUGGCUGCAGGAAUGUCAAUUGCGCCACCCCGACAUGCCUAAGCUACAGAAAGAGGAACUGUGCAAGUCCCUUGAGACGGUACACUGAUGUGUCUGCCCGUGCCUUGGCCUGCCAUUUGAUCGAUGACUUUGUAAAGUCUGGAGCCGAUGCCCGCGGUGGCUUGUGCCAGAACGACCCGGUGGUGCCCUGGUAUGAAGAUCCUGCAUUGUCUAAAAAGAGACGGAGCAAUGUCGAGAGGCAUGCGCGCCUCCCUAGCAAUGCCUCUGAGAACGGUCAUGCAGCAAAGUCAUUUCCUUCAUCCAACACCCAUCGUCUUAAGGACACCCGGAAGCUUUCGCCCUUAACCGAACACCCCAUGCGGAGAUCCAGCCAGGAGGACAUUGUCCAGGCAGGAAGACGACUACGCAACCCAGACAUGUCUACUGGCGCAACCCGGCUCAAUAUGGAUCAUGCUUCUGAUCCCCUGAGUCUGCCAGCCGACGACCUGAAAGAACUCGAUACAUCGACUCUUGAUACCCUGCGCCACGCCCAAUCUUUUGAUCAUGCCACGAUUUCGCCUCCUGCAAAAACAAAGGAUCUUGCCUCCUUCACUCAGACACUUUUUGACUUGCUACCUCUACGAAUGCUUAAUUGGCUACCCAGCGUUAAACCGAUGGCUACACAACAACCUCCCCAAUCGCACGAGCACACCUCUGCCCAAUCCUCAAUCGGGGGCGCUGAAGACAAGGCUCCCACACAUGACUUAAAACAGGCCAAUGUUGAUGAAACUCAACCAUGCAAACUUCAAGCCAAGCAGCACGAGUUAGCCCCCACAAUGACUGCCGCCUGUCCACCGACGUAUACCCUUCGAAACCUCGAAUUCGGCCACCUUGUGUGGCUACAAUCAUUUACCAAGUCCUCGAGCUCGCAGGGAACAUAUGAUCGACAAGUUCUUCCUUUUCUUCAGCAGAGUCUCAUCUACUGUUUGAGUGACCCGGAAAGAUUAGUCACGACUGUCAAAACCUUGCAGGCCACUUAUGGACGAUCCACGCAAUCAACCCGACCUGACGACCUCAACCAAGUUGAGGAAGUGAGCCAAGGGGAUAUCGACCCUACGCCUAGCAAAGAUGCCCCUAAGUCGCUACUCCGUCGCUCUCUCCCCACCCCAUGGCCGGCAUUCAAGUCCUCAACAAGGACCGAAGUCAAGUCGCUGGUAAAGUCUCUUGCUCAUCUGGACCAACUAGAACAGCGGGAUUUGGUCAUCAACAGCAUAUUUACUGCACUGCAGUAUUCGUAUGCUCUUCCCACUUGGCUACAAAAAAGCACCCGCUUGAGUAGUCCUGCUUGCAGUACCGGCGGUGAUCGGUCGCCCAAACCAGCAAAGCGUUUCAACCUUGAUAAUGCGACGAAAUCUGCGAGCUUGGACAUCUUGCACAACAUUUUGUCGCAAGAUAUUGAGAAUCCACGGCCCGCACUGAAAGAUAUUCAGGUCUGCGAGUUGUGUUUAGUGGGGUUGAUGACAAUCGCCUCGUUGAUAACAGCUGACAACUACUGGGCUCACAAGUUCACCUUUACUCAGCUCAGAAUUCUCCGCAAUAAAGAUCGUGCUCAUUCGCACUGGCCCAAGCUGGCGAACAGAGGUCCCGAAAGUUAUAGCACAGAUGUCUUACGGUUUGCCGGUCUCAUGAUCAGAUCUAUCGAUACAUUUGAUGAUUGGAAUAUUCUGCGCUUACUCAAGGCAGUCAUGGAUGUCAUCAGUCAUCGACUCACAGUGUCCAAGUGGGCCGCCGCCGUCAAGGGCGCGAAUUUGCCAAAAGAGAGAAAGACAACAAUUGUCGAUCUUCUAGUUGCACGCCUAGACAGAGUUGCUCUGACAGAUGAUGAGAGUGACUAUGGCGACUCGCUUAGCUGGAUGGGAACCGCCAUUGUUGAGAUGGUUAGAACGGUUAUGCUGAGAAUCUGGGAUCGGAAACCCGUCAUUCAGCGUGCUGGCUCAGUCAGCGGCGCCCUGGAACUCUUGGCCGGUAUCUACAGGGCUCGAUUGUCGUUGAACUUGGACGAACAAGUCUUCACAAUGCCUUUCAUUGCCGACAGUUUUGACGAUAUUGCUAUGCCAAAUGACUGGUUGGCGUUUCGACCCGACACUCGGCAGACACACUUGCUGUCCUUCUCUUUCCUCUUCGAGCCGGCGACACUGGUCAAAUAUUUCCGAGCCAUCAACGUUGAAAUCAUGCGCAAAUCACAUGAGCAGGCUACCCUCGUUUAUACUGAAACUAGGCAUUUCAUGUCGGCCUCAUCCAUCCCGUUGUACGGCGGAAAAGAGAUUCUUUCGCAUCUACGCCCCCACAUGGCAAAAUAUUUCGUCCUCACGAUUCGGCGGGACGACAUCUUGAAAGAUGCAAUCGAUCAAAUUUGGCACAGGGAACGCAUGGAGUUAUUGAGACCCCUACGCGUCCGGCUAGGCCAAAAUGAAGGGGAAGACGGCUUAGAUCAUGGCGGUGUGCAACAAGAGUUCUUUCGCGUGGUGUUUGCGGAAGCUUUAGACAAAAACUUGGGCAUGUUCACCAUCGACGAUACCACUAGGAUGGCAUGGUUUCAGCCUGGCUCCCUGGAACCGCUCUACAGCUUCGAAGCCUUGGGCGUUCUCAUGUCCGUGGCUGUCUACAACGGUAUCACAAUCCCUGUCACCUUUCCUCUGGCAUUCUAUCGCAAACUGCUCAAUCUCAAGGCCAAAAGUCUUGAUCAUAUCUCUGACGGCUGGCCAGAAUUGACCAAAGGUUUGAGGACGCUACUAGAAUGGUCAGAUGGGGAUGUAGGUGAUGUGAUUGCGCGGACAUACGAAUUCAGCUACGAGGUAUAUGGAAGCGCUGUCACUAUCGAUUUAUCGCGUGUUGGGCGUGAGGAUCCUUGGCCGCAGUUGCAUGGUGUAAAUGGCACCAGCGCCCUCAAGAAGCGAACUAAAUCUACUUCUUUUGAACUUCCACCUCCUACAAACCGAUUCGGACCCACGCCUCAUCUGUCUCCUCCUCACCAAUGCACUCUUGACACUGGGCUGGCUCAUGUUUCCCGGGCUGCUUCACUGAACCUCAAAGGCUGUGGCACUCCUAACAGUCUCGAAGAGUCAGACAUGCCGACAUCUCCACAAGAUGAUGAGGCGCCACUUGUGACGAACGCAAAUCGCGAACAGUACGUUCUCGAUUACAUAUACUGGCUCGUUCACAAAUCCGUUGCUCCCCAGUUUACUGCCUUUGCCCGAGGGUUUUACACAUGUCUGGACCGCAAUGCUUUGAGCAUCUUCACUCCUGAAGCACUCAAGCUGGUGAUCGAAGGGCAUUCGAAAAUCGAUAUCAACGAGCUGGAGCGCACAGCGACUUAUGACGACUUUGAACGGGACUCGGAAUACAUGCACUGGUUUUGGGCCAUUGUCCGCAACAUGUCACCCGAACAGCACAAACAUCUGCUCGAGUUUGUGACCGCAAGUGAUCGUGUUCCCGUCAAUGGUCUGGGCAGUGUGACGUUUGUGAUCCAGAAAAAUGGCGACGGUGAUGUGGAUGGGAGGCUGCCGAGUAGUAGUACCUGUUACGGCCGCCUGCUGUUGCCGGUGUACAGACAGCGGGCGGUCUUGGAAGAGAAACUGACCAAAGCCAUAGAGAAUCAUGUAGGCUUUGGCAUUUUGUGAUGCAGAAUCAGGAAGAAAAUUCCGUGGUUCCUUUUGCAACCAAUGGCUGCGCCUUGGAGAUGGAAAUGCAGACUCAGUGGCCUUUCACUCGCUAGGUCUGGUCAUACACUGAGUGCGAGUGAACUAGUAUAGAGUGGGCUCUGGUGGAGACCUGUGGCUUUUGUUUUGUUUAAUGAAGGAAUGAACUAGCUCAGCCUCGUUUUUCUCACUGCUAGGGUUGUUCUCCGACCGAGUGAUAUUGGACGUGGUGACUUUCUUGAACAUUCGAGGUUUUGUGGGGCAGUCUUCUGUGAAAGUAGAAGCCACUCCGUCGAGAUUCGGGCAGAACUAAUCCUUCUGGUUCAUCAACACCCAGAAGACAAUAGUGGUGAU